CGCAAGGCUUCCGAGCACCAAGUGAACCAAAGGUAGAUAACAAUGCUGUCGGGUUUGCGCCGCUGCCUCUCUGCCAGCACAUCCAGACGAGCUUUGUGGUCGCUGAAAAGUCUAGGAACGCCGCCGUUUGUUUCUGCGCCCCGGUUCGGACAUCAGACGCUGGCAACAGCUCCUCUCCCAGCAGUGGGCGGCGGGGGCACGAGCCUGGCAGUACGCCGGGCCCGGGCAUUGGCGCACGAACGGCUUCUUCAGGUGGAGUGGGAGGACGGCAGCUCGAGUCUGUACCCGUUCACUUGGCUCAGAGAUAACUGUCAGUGUCCGCUCUGCACGCUGCAGUCUGCCCGGGCAAGGAGCUUGCUGCUCUCUGACCUAGAUGUUCACACCGGGGUGGACCAUGUUCAACUGACUGAAAACAACAAGGUGUCCAUCACAUGGCCUGACCAGCACAGCAGUGAAUACGAGCCUGACUGGCUGAAGAGGCGCUGUUUCUCUCCGGAGGCGAGAAGGGCGCGCCAAGAAGAGCUUUUCCUCAAUGAGCGGACGUUCUGGGACUCAGGCUUACGGAUCCCCACUGCCAGUUUUGAGGAGGUCCUUCAUGAUGACAAGGCUGCUUUAGCUUGGUUACAAGCUCUGAGGAGAGUUGGCAUUGUGUACCUCAAGGGGGCGCCAGUGGAACAGGGACAGGUGGCCAAACUGAGCAAAAGGAUUGGCUACCUGAGACUCACCUUCUAUGGACACACAUGGCAAGUGCAGGACAAACCAAUGGCAAACAACGUGGCCUACACCUCUGGCAAACUGAGUCUGCACACUGACUAUCCAGCUUUACACCAUCCACCUGGGGUGCAGUUCCUACACUGUCUGCAGCAGGCUUGUGAAGGUGGAGAGAGUGAGGUGGUGGAUGGUUUCCACAUGGCAGAGCAGCUGCGUAGAGAAGACCCAGAGGCCUUCAGUAUCCUCAGUUCACUCAGAGUGGACUUCACCGACACCGGAGCCGAUUACUGCGACUUUUGUGUCCAGUCCAAGAACCGCAUCAUAGAUGUGGACUCUGAGGGGAAAGUGGUACGAAUAAAUUACAACAAUGCCACACGUGAUUCAGUGUUGGAUCUGCCAGUCCAUAAGGUUCAGCCAUUUUACACCUCUCUCAAAUCCUUUGUGGAGCUGAUGAACCGCCCAGAGAAUGUGGUUACCUACCGGAUGGAGCCAGGUGACCUAGUGACAUUCGAUAAUUGGCGCCUACUCCACGGUCGAAGGAGCUACGUUUCCCACCCAGACUACCUGAGACACCUGGAAGGGGCGUACCUGGAUUGGGACGAGGUGAUGUCCCGCCUGCGAAUCUUACGCAAGGCUGUCCAUGGGGAUGCUCCUUAAGACCAGCCCCAAAGCCACGAAGAGAGAGAGUGACGGAGGUCAUGGGAUCCCAGUGCUGAACAAAUGGAAUUUCAGUCCAGUGUUUUUUUGCUUUAUUUGUGUUUUCUGAGACCAAGCUUAUCACUAUAAAUGGCCAUCAUUUCAGAAAACACAAAGAGAAAAAAUACAUUACACCGAAAUUCUAUUUUUUAGCUCUAUUAAUUCUACAAAAUCUGCAAAAAAAAAUAGCUUCCUUCCUGAGUACAAUGGGAUAUUUCGGUUUCCAUUUCAUACCAUAAGUACAUCGGAUAUAAGCUAAGCUAACAGCUUCUUAGUUCUCAGUAGAGGUGAUUUUCUGCAUAUUUUUCAGUUCUCAGAAGAGGGAUUGCUUUUUGUCUUUUUCUUCAGUUUUUUUUUUUUUGAAUUUAUGCUCUUGGUUCCUCUCUCUUCAAUAUGUCUAAGCCAAAAACAAAACAGUGUACAUGUGAACAUGCAGAGCUCACUGAUCAGAGUCAGUUUUGAUUGGAUAUGCCAUUUUUUUUUUCUUUUUUUCUUUCAGAAUUUUUUUGUUUUGCAGUCCAGCUCAGGUCUUCUUCAAGCUUUGACGUAGCCUAGGCCAGUGCAUUUACCUUUUUGCAUUGCAUUUUCAUGCCAAUUUGAUAUGUAUGUAUAUUUGUAGUAGAUAUGCAAUAUGGUUUGUAUGUAGCAGAAGAGAGGUCUUGGGGCUGUGCUGUAGUUUCCUUCUAAUCAGCCAGUGUGCAGUAGGUCUGCAGGUUAACAAUGGGUGGUACAAUCCUCCAAAAUUAAAUUUUGUAUAGAAAUG